GCAAAGCUAAUUCGCUCCCCCCGAAGAAAGCCGCUCAAACAUUUCUUGGGAAAAUUGUAACUGGUGACUUCCUUUACUCUCUCGUGUGUGUGUGUGUUUGUAGGUGUGUGAGUGUGUGUUUGUGUGUGUCUGUGCUCUGCUAGUCAGCACAGUGUGUGGUACAAGGGAAAAUUCGUUCAGUGCGUAAGGCGUGAAAAAUCAUUCCAUUGCCGUUGGGCUUACUCGCUCCCAGCGCUUUGUGGUGCGUUCACGCUCUCGUGUGUCUGUGCUCCGUGACAUCAUCAUCAUCACCGUCAUCGCCAUCAUCACCAGCAGCAGCAUCAUCUGGGCGCGUUUGCAUCCAUCGGCGGUGGUGUGUAAAAGAGUAGUAGGCCGUGCCGAAGUGACCGGUUGAUCAAAUCGUGCAGAAGCGUUACGAAUUUAGUGAAAAGUUUGUAUUUUAGAAAAAACUGUUUUCAACCACCAACACACUACUCACGGGUGAACAAGUGAAGAAGCUGCGGCAGACAAGCGAAUCAUCUGACCGAUUGCAGUUGUAUUAGUGAAGCUGUUAUAGACUUCAGAGAGCGAGAAGGAGAGAAGAAAAGAGAGUAAGAGCACGAAAAUCAGCUGAAAGCGCAUCAUCAGAUGUGGUGGCGAGUAUUGUACGGUCCAAAACAGUUACCUGCUCCAACAUUAGAUCAGUCGGCGGAAGCUGUGAACAUCGUUCGACAGACAAAACAUACCGCAACCGUUUCAAUUUGUCGUCGUUAAGUGGGGAAAGAAUUUAUUCUCCUCCCAGCACGAAGUAUUAGGACGGAGGUUCGCCCGGAAGCUACAGGCGCUCAACGACAUCGCAAACGAACGGAGUGCAAUCAUUUGUGAUAUUAAUAUUUACCUAUUUAUUACUACUGCAAAGCUCUGCUGGUCUAACUGGCCUCUAGUGAGCCGCGACGGUGUUCGAUUGUUGGCAGUGUGUUGUGAAGUUAGCGUGAAGUGAUAUUGUAACGAAAUCGGUGACUAAUUGUGUAACAAAACAAAACAAACAAACAAAAAACCAUUCCAAAAUCAUGGAGUUCCGCUUCAACAUGCAUCCCCUGUUCCGGGCACGGAUUGUUCGGAUAAAUAACUCGCUGCUGCCGACCGGCUUCGUUGCACAGUCCCGCCGCGUUGCACUCGAUGCCACGGCACAGAUUUCGGAGAUCAUUAACACGAUCGGCUCGAUGUCGGCACAGGCACAGGGGCUUUCCGUUCCGGUAACGACCGCCCAAAAGCUGCGCAACUCGGACCAUCACAUCUAUCUGAUGUUUGAAUCGAACGACAGAAAUGGUUUCGUCGUCGGCAUACUGAAGGUGGGCCGCAAAUCGCUGUACGUGUUUGAUCCGUCCGGCGAGACGGUCAACGUGACGGCACCGUGUGUGCUCGACUUUUACGUGCACGAGUCCCGCCAGCGCGGCGGUCUUGGGCGCGAACUGUUUGAGCAUAUGCUGCGGGAGGAAAACAUACAGCCGGACGAGCUGGCGAUCGAUCGGCCGUCCGAGAAGUUGCUCGGUUUCCUGCAGAAGCAUUACGGACUGUCCAAGAAGAUUCCACAGAUGAACAACUUUGUCGUGUAUGAAGGCUUCUUUGCCAGCAAGGCCCAAAACUCGACCGACAUCGAUGGUCGUCGCAUGCACAUCACUGCUAGUCCUAACACGAACCUGUUCGGGCCAACGUUUACCACGACGGAGGAGAGGCGUCGUUCCACCUCGCAGACCCGAACGAACGUCGCGCCGAUGCCGAUCAUUGCCCAACCGCCGGUCGGUCGCUAUGCGGCCAAGCGGCCAACAUGCAGCAUGGCACAGAUAAUUCACAACAGCCCCACAACAGUUUCUACGGAACCGAACAGCACCGCUAACGCUAACGCUAAUGCUGCUAAUGGACACGCUGCCGGUAACGGUAGCAAUGGGCAUGAGGCCGAGGACGAUGCCGCUCAUCAGCACCGGUACGAGACGGACUCGAUCGAGGGCGGCGGCGGCGACGGUGGCGUCGGCGAGGAGCAGGAGCUCGAUCAACGGUUGGCCGACGAGAUGGAGCGCUGCGUCGAGCUCGGUGCCGGUGGUGAUGAGCCGGACGCCUCGCGCUACACGCCGCACCACGGGCUGGAGGUCAAGUUUGCCGACCAGCCGGAAACGCUACCGUACGACGAUAUGCCCGAGCCCGGUCCCGACCCGGAUCCGUACGAUUUCCAUCCGCACCAUCUCGAGCUGCACGACGACACGGAGGGUGGUGGUGGUGGUGGCUCGCACCGGGACCAGUCCUUAUCGCCUCAAUCUGUCAGCCAGCAGGCGUCGCCGGUGCAUCCGGCCGGCAGCGACUACGGCGUGCUGGGCAGCAGGAAGCCGGCCCGCUACACCAAGCAGAACACCGGGCUGAAGAACAUCUCGUUCGGCGUCGGGGCGGCGGUCAUGCCGAGCGGCAAGAUGGAGUUCGACCAGGAGGAGAACGAGGGCUUCGGCUCGGUCAAGAUCAACCGGCCGAUCGGGAAGUCGGGCACGCGGGGCAGCCUGCACGAUGACAACGAGUCGGUGCACUCGAACGGCAGCCAGCCGGGUGGGGGCCACUUUGAUCUCAAGUUUUACCACAACAAGCUGUGGUAAAGUAAUGGUUACCGAUGGGGAUGGCGAAGAAUGGUGUGGCGUGGUUUGCAGUGAAGUAGCCUGCUCACAGUAGAUCCUAAAGAGAGAGAGAGAGAGUGAAAGUAAAGAAGUAGUUAGAAGAGUGGUUGGUAAAAAGCACAAAUGCUAAGAUCGAACCGAUUGUAAUGGUUAGCAGAUGAUCUUCCUGAUAGCUUCCUGCUGCUU